AAGAGAAGGAGCAAGUGGAGGAAAGACGAGGGGAAGGACGCUUUUUGAAUAAGACUGCAAACUUUGGAAGCAACAGUGCGAUGGCUGCCAUGAGGGACCUUCCUUUUCCCUUUGUGCUCAUAUGCCUGGUUUUCAUCAGAGGAUACUGUCCCCUGCCUACAACAUCACAAGUCACAGAGAUGAAUCCCACGGGACCUGUCAGAUCACGUGGGGUUUCGCCCGAGGCCCAUGUGCUUCCCCCAGAGGAUUACUAUGAAGGUGAGGAGACGACCACCCCGAUCGUACCCGACAGACGGUCUCCGGACGGAGGUACCUCGGAGCGGUGCGACUACAAUCCCUGCUCCGAGAACCAGACCCCCUGUGCAGAGCUGGCAGCUGCCACCAACUGCUUGUGUCCAGGGCUCCCUUCACAUGAUGAUCCUCCAGAGACGCCCAGCCUGAGAUCAGUGUCUUGGAAUGGGUCAGAGGUCGUGCUUCACUGGUGCGCACCUAACUCACAUGUCACAGAGUAUGUUGUGACAGUUGGGGGUCAAGAUAGGAAGACAUUCGGGAAGGAGCAGAGAAGCGGCGCUUUGGGCGACAUCAACAACAUCGCAGAAGUUUGUGUGGUUGCAGUGAAUGAUGCUGGAAACAGCGACGGGUCCUGUAUGAUGUACCGCCCCGUAGACAACAGCCUGCCCCUGAAAGCAGGCCUCAUCGGUGGAGCCCUGGGCUUCCUGCUGCUCCUCUUGCUGGCCGUCCUGCUGUGGAGGCGCAAGAGGCAGCGGAAACAGGAGGCCAGCAUCUCUAUGCACAACACGGCCGGGACACAGUGAACAGAAAAGACUGCGAAGGCCGGACGCUCAGCGAGAUAAGACUCCGUCCCACGAGACUCUUUAGCGUUAUUGCGUUUAAUUAACUGUGACUGCAUUAUAGCAUCUGAGGUUUUUUUGGCACCAGGAGGUUAUCUUAAAGCCGGAAGAAAACAGGGUUCAUCAUCCUUCAUAAAUAUGUCUAACUGGUGAAGUCCAGGGGGUUCAUUUUGAAAACCCCCUGAUGUGUUUAAGGAAGUUCCCACAUCCGUGAUUUGAAAGCCAGCUGCACAAAAUUAUUCAUCGUAUUCACCAGUAGUGUUUUUUCUGAAAAUGCAUCCCAGAAGACAAACAAGAACGUUGCGUGAAAGAUAAAGUGAGUUUGGUCAUUCUUGCAUGUCGGUAAAUUAGCUGUUUGAUGGACAGCUCAGAAAAAUGCACAGUCAGGAUUUAAAGGAACAUUCCAGCCUGUCUUGUCUGCUUGCAGCUGCUUAACGUAGUACACAGCUGCUCGUAGAACGAUCAAAUACUUGCAGGAUAAAAGACUCAAAAGCACAAACUCUCUCUUUGUUACCUAAUUUUAGAGACUCAAAGUUGCAUCCUGUAAAACAACCUGUCAAACUUUUUAAAGUUUUAAUCGUAUUAGAUACAAUAAAAGAUGACAAUAAACUCUUAUUCGACACAAAUUCUGCCACUGAGAAGGUGGCAGGAGGUAAGAGGAUGAGUACAAAGCUUUAGAUGCCAGUGUAGUACAUCUGUUAGGGUUUGAUAGCGGUUGUUGAAAACAUACUGCAUCCUGAUGUUUCCUCUCUCUGUGAGAGUUCCUCAUGUUGUGUAUUUAAUUAAUGUGUGAAUGGAUUAUUGCAGAUGUGCUGUAUUAUUUACUGUAUUUAUGAAUUUCAUUUGGAUUGUUGCCUCAGAUUUUUGAUACUUUGACAGGUUUCUUUGAGAUACCACUGUUCAGACUGAACUUACUGUUGCUGUUAAAAUUAAGUAAAAUAUUGCCUUCGUUGCUUCUGCACCCAUGA